AUGCGCCGCAAUCGCCUUGGGCAGUUGGGUCGUAUGGCGUUGUGCGUCCCGUUGCGGCCGGUGGGCGAUCCGAUGGCACGUGACGCAAAUACGACGCGCCCUGGGCUACGCCCUGCCGAGACCGUUCAGCCACCUCGAUAUGGCCACGGUCCAACAGGGCUCACUGGUCGCACUGCUGCUCACAGUGAACAUCCUACCACUGGUCUUGCAGACCCGAUCCUGGGCCACGGCACACCGACGCGCCGCCAACCUCGCGGUUAUCAAUAUCGUUCCGUUGUGGACGGGGUUCACCUUUGGGUUUCCAGCGCAUCUCCUAGGCAUUCGUUGGUCAGCGGUCGCAUGGAUGCAUCGAUGGAUCGGCCGGAUGGUCGUCAUCCAUUCCAUCCUCCACGGGGCGAUUGCGAUCGUGAGUGA